UCCAAAGUCUACCCGCCUCCUUCUGACAGACGCGCGACUGCAAGCUGCGGAGGCGGCUGUUCUUGCUGCUGCGGCCGCCGCGGCGACGGUGAGUCGCCUCGACCAUUCUAGACGGCUUCCCGCGGAGACUCCUGGGAGCAGGGCUGGGUACUGGCGGCCAGUGCGGGGACGGCUCCCCAGAACCCUGUGUGUCUGCCCAGGCCGGCAGUAGAAGGAGCCUCACCUGCCUAUCUCCUCUGAGUACCUGGGAUUGGAGGGUCCAGGAGAAGCAGCAAAGAUGUCGAAUGAGCCGCCCCCUCCUUACCCUGGGGGCCCCACAGCCCCCCUUCUGGAAGAGAAAAGUGGAGCUCCACCCACCCCAGGCCGCACCUCCCCAGCUGUGAUGCAGCCCCCACCGGGCAUGUCACUGCCCCCUGCAGACAUUGGCCCCCCACCCUAUGAGCCGCCGGGUCACCCAAUGCCCCAGCCUAGCUUCAUCCCCCCACAUGUGAAUGCAGACAGCACCUACAUGCCUCCAGGUUUCUACCCUCCUCCAGGCCCCCAUCCACCCAUGGGCUACUACCCACCAGGGCCCUACCCACCAGGGCCUUACCCUGGCCCUGGGGGCCAUACGGCCACGGUCCUGGUCCCUUCAGGGGCUGCCACCACAGUGACAGUGCUGCAGGGAGAGAUCUUUGAGGGUGCGCCCGUGCAGACGGUGUGUCCCCACUGCCAGCAGGCCAUCACCACCAAGAUCUCCUACGAGAUUGGCCUGAUGAACUUCGUGCUGGGCUUCUUCUGCUGCUUCAUGGGGUGUGACCUGGGCUGCUGCUUGAUCCCCUGCCUCAUCAACGACUUCAAGGAUGUGACGCACACGUGCCCCAGCUGCAAAGCCUACAUCUACACGUACAAGCGCCUCUGCUAACGGAGCCGGGACUGGACUCCCCACUGUCAGUCUGGCCCCCUGUGCUUUGCUCCCCGCGCUCAGUGGCUCGCUUCCCUGCUCCCACUUGGGGGUGGAAGCUGUUCCACCAGUCCGUCCCCUGGAAGUCUUGUCUUCUUCACCUUGCCCUUCCCUGAGCAUCUGACUCUUUUGG